AUGGCGGCCUCAAGUUCAAUACCAAAGACCAUAUAUCUGGGAACCUUCGUACACUGUGUGUCCCUCUCUGACCUCGAGAUUGGGGAAAAUGGUGCCAUCGGCGUCGACGAGAAUGGCAUCAUCAGAUUUGUGGAGAAGGAUACAGAGCUGGGCCACGUGCAUGAGAAGCAUCCAGACUGGAACAAUGCAGAGGUCAUUCACCUGAAAGGAAAUGGAUUUUAUUUUCCUGGAUUCAUAGAUACCCAUACACAUGCCCCUCAACACCCCAAUACCGGCCUCUUCGGGAAGACCACUCUCCUGGACUGGCUAGACACCUACACCUUCCCCAUGGAAGCCUCCUUCUCCGAUCUCUCGCGUGCCCAAACCAUCUACUCGAACUUCGUCUCACGCACCCUAUCACAUGGCACGACGACCUGCGCCUACUAUGCCACUGUUCAUGUCCCUGCCACCAACCUUCUCGCCGACAUUUGUCUCCAGCGCGGCCAGCGCGCCCUCGUCGGUCGCGUCUGUAUGAACACGAUGAGCCCAGAAUACUACCGCGACCAGAGCAUCGACUCGGCAAUAGCUGACUCCAAAGCCUCCAUUGAUUAUAUACGAUCGAUCGACCCAACGGGAGACAUUGUAAAACCGAUCGUAACGCCCCGCUUUGCACCCUCCUGUACCUCUGACUGCCUUUCCGCCCUGGGCCAGCUCGCGAAAGAGACCGAAGCGCACAUUCAAACCCAUAUUUCGGAGAAUAAGAAUGAGAAUGCACUCGUGAAGGAGCUGUUCCCGGACUCCAAAUCUUACACCGACGUCUACGACACCGCCGGGUUACUCACCCCAAAGACCAUCCUGGCACACGGAGUCCAUCUCUCGCAAGAAGAACGACAAGUAAUCAAGGAUCGAGGGGCCAAGAUAUCGCAUUGCCCCGCCAGCAACACGGCCAUCACUUCCGGAUGCGCGCCGAUACGCGAGUUCCUGGACAUGGGUCUCACAGUGGGUCUGGGAACGGACGUCUCCGGUGGUUUCAGUCCUUCCAUUCUCGAAGAAUGCAGGCAGGCGAUCUGGACGUCGCGAUUCCGCGCUAUGCACGACGGUGAUGAAGCGAAACUUUCGACGCAGGAGGCGCUCUAUUUAGCAACAAGGGGUGGUGCCGCGGUUGUAGGAAUGGAAGAUAGGGUGGGUGGGUUCGAAGUUGGAAAGGAAUGGGAUGCACAGAUGAUAAGGCUGGGGGAGGUAAAGGAAGGUGGAGAUAGGGAGGGAAGGUUUGAUGACGGUCCGGUUGAUGUGUUUGGCUGGGAGAGCGCCGAGGAUAGAGUGAAUAAGUGGGUUUACAGCGGGGAUGAUAGGAACUGCGUGGCUGUCUGGGUUAAAGGGAGGUUGGUGCAUAGGACAGCGAGGUUCCGUGACUGA